AUGGCUGACACUUUAGAGAAUAACUCUGAGUGCCCUCCAUCUGCCAAGAGUGAAGCUUCAGCAGGCGGUCUGAGCAUGCUAGAGAGCUCGGUGCAAGAGAACCGACCAGAUGGGCAGGUCGUGUUUGAAGACUCUGUGUUUGCUGGUUAUUUGCAGGAUGGACUACACAGUCUCCGGCUCGAGGACAGCUUAACCGACGUCAGCCUCCACGUACAGGGUCAGAGCUUCCAGUGCCAUCGAGUGGUACUUGCUGCAGCCAGUCAUUAUUUCAGAGCAAUGUUUUGUAAUGACUUGAGAGAAAAACACGAAGAAAGCGUAAAUAUUAAAGGCACUGAUGCAGACACCAUGGGAAUCCUGUUAGAAUACACUUACACCAGCAAAGUCAUCAUAACCAAGGACAAUGUUCAGAGAAUGCUUGAGGCAGCCAGUCUAUUUCAGUUUCCGCGUAUAGUGGAUGCCUGUGCCAGUUACUUAGCAAAAGCCCUUCACCCGGAAAACUGUGUGGGAAUCCUACAUCUAGCUGAUGUUCAUUCGCUGGAGACUUUGAAAGCCCAAGUUUACUCCUAUAUUAUCCAAAACUUCUCUCAAGUGGUGGACCAUGAUGAGAUCCUUGAGCUUCCUGCAGAUGUGUUGGUCAGUCUGCUCCAGCAUGAUGACUUGGGGGUAACAGAAGAGGAGCAGGUGUUUGAGGUGGUUAUGCGUUGGCUGAGGGCCGGACAGGAUGAAAGAUUAGCUCAGCUGCCCCGUGUCCUCACACAUGUGAGGCUGCCCUUAUUGGACCCAUGGUACUUUGUAGAGAGGGUGGAAGGAGACCCUCUGAUCCGCCAGUGUGCCGAGGUGUUCCCACUGCUGCAGGAGGCCCGGGUUUAUCAUCUCUCAGGCAAAGAGGUGAUCUCAGAGCGCACCAAACCUAGAGUGCGGGAGUUCCAGUCUGAGGUGUUUAUGAUCAUUGGAGGAUGCACAAAGGAUGAGAAGUUUGUUUCUGAGGUGACCUGUCUGGACCCACUACGCAGGAGUCGCUUAGAGGUGGCAAAACUGCCCAACACCGACAUGGAAUCUGAGAAUGAAAAUAAGAAGUGGGUGGAGUUUGCAUGUGUCACCUUCAGAAAUGAAGUCUACAUAUCGGGUGGCAAGGAAACAUUGCAUGAUGUGUGGAAGUAUAAUGCAUCGCUAAACAAAUGGAUCCAGAUAGAGUAUCUCAACACAGGCCGCUGGAGACACAAGAUGGCAGUUGUUGGAGGAAAAGUGUAUGUUUUAGGUGGCUUUGAUGGAACCCAAAGAUUGAACAGUGUUGAAGCCUACGAUCCAUUUCACAACUGCUGGACAGAGGCAGCACCGCUCAUGCUGAGCGUAAGCUCCUUCUCUGCUGCCAGCUAUGACAAAUACAUCUUUGUGAUAGGUGGAGGCCCCAAUGGCAAACUAGCCACGAACAACAUGCAGUGCUUUGAUUCCCUGUCAAACAAAUGGAGUUUAAAAUGCCCGAUGCCAACCGAGGCCAAAUGCACUAACGCAGUGACCUUUAAGGACGCCAUUUUUGUUGUUGGUGGUGCGAUGAAGGCCUUGUAUUCCUACAGUCCUCUGGAAGACUCCUGGACGCUCAUAAUCCAGCUGGGUUGUGAGAGGGCCAGCUGUGGCAUUGCUGCCUGCAAUAACAAGCUCUUCAUUACUGGUGGUCGUGAUGACAAGAACGAAGUGAUAGCUACUGUUCUCUGCUGGAACCCAGUGAAAAACAAGUUGACUGAGGAGUGUGUGCUUCCACGUGGAGUAUCCCACCAUGGCAGUGUGACUCUCAGGAAGUCCUACACACAUAUACGCAGGAUAAAUCCUGGAACAGUCACCGGAUGACAAAUUCAGCCGCCUCAGAGACUGCAAUUUUAUUUUACUACAUGUUUUUCCUUUAUAUAUGAGUUGUUUCAGGCCAAUUCGAUCAAGUCUAAGCAUUAUAACAGUGUCCUCUGUGAUAUUGAAAGUGCUUUCUUUUUACAUUUAACUGUGCUGUUGGAUACACAACUGCACCAAAGUGUUACCGAUGUGUUCAAUUUGACAAUGUGAAAUAAUACACAUUUACCGUACAACAUUAAUAUUUAUUCUGUAGCACUUCACAAUAAUAUAAAAUUUGUUAAUAUUGACACAAUCAGUAUCAUGAACACAAUAAAAUAUUUUGGACAAAAUCAAAA